UGUUGUGUGAUCACCAUCAGUUGGUGGGUGUGAUUAUUCGCAGGGCUGCACGCACCAAUAAAUUAAAACUGAUCGAGAUCAGCUUGUGACCACUGUCCUCUCUAAUGGGGGAAAUGGUGGCUUCGACUCUUGCUCAGGAGGGCGUGAGCAGGGUGUUCUCGUCCAUCUCAACCAAGCUCGAUGACAGGGCGUCCAGAGCUCACAACGUCGCGAGGCUCGAGAUGGCACUCUCUCGCUUGGAGUUUGUCCUUGAGUGGGCCAGGAAGCGGCCAAUCACAUACGUCUCCCUCAUCCGUCGCUGGGGCAUGUUCAGUCGCGCCUACAACGAGGGAGUUGAUCUGCUCAACAAGCACAAGCUGCCAGCCGCGCUCCAAGGCCACGCAGAAACAGGGCAAGUGGUGGUAAGGAGUUCCUACUACUACCUCCAACGGAUUGCUGGUGCUGCAUAUUUCUCCUUCUCUUCUCUUGCUGGCCUGAACAAGCAGUGCAUGAGCUCGUCCGCUGUCCAAAUCUUUGAGGGGUACGCAGAUAGUGCUGACAAGUUUGUAGCGGACGUGGAGUCCGCCUGCCCACUCCGCCGCGACACCUUCUUCCCCUACCCAUUUGUCAGGCAACUUCUCCAAGGGAAACGUCUCAUCUACCAUAAGAGGGUGAAAGGAAGCCAAGUGCUCUGGUUUGGUAUAUAUCCUGUGGUUUCGGAAGGGCGUGGCGUGGAGGCAUGGCUAUGGUAUGAGUGUUUCGAUCCCGAGAGGCUAGACAAAAGUUUCAGCCUAAACUUAAUACUACGGCUGUCGGAAAGCACGGACAUAGUUGGGACUGCUAUAGAUUGCGUGCGGUCAUCCGCAUCACUGCUCAACCUUCCAGCUCAAGAUGCGAUAAUUGGACAUCUCACCCAACUGCCUAAUUUACAGGAGAUUUCAGAUUCGUAUGCUCCUCCCUUUGUUGUCUAUGAAAAAAAAUUGGCUUGGUUAAUUACAGGGUCGCGCCCGGAUCCACUAUGUUGCCAAGGAAAUGGGCAUGGGCCUAGUGCUAAUAGCACUAACUCAUCGGGGUUAUCGCAUUUAUUCCAAGAGCAAAUUAUUUAUUUCAUUUUCAGUUGUUAUGUCUCAGCACUAGAGUACAACUUGCCUAGCGCAUCUGACGAAGCUGGUGGUAGAAACAUCGUGCUAGAUCGGACACCUCUUAGGCUGGAAGUUUGCUUCGCACCUCAUGAUGACGACCCGAGAUGCAACACUUUUGUAUCGGAGACCAUGGGAAGCAAAUACGAACGUUUUCCAUUUGGCAGCAUAGAACAAACAGUUGAUAUGACAAGAUCAAGAUCAGUUGAAUUUCUCAUCCGUCAGCCUGAGGUGAAGGAUUAUAGGGUGUCCUGGUACUCUAGACAUGGUGCUGCAUACUUUAGGAUGGAAAAGCCAUGGAUCGACAUGACAGCUGUGUCCAAAGCCAGCGGCAGCAGGUACAACACCCGGAGUGCAGCUGCAAAGAGAAAGCGGUCAUAGAAGACUCUGGUUGUCAACUAGUGGCUAGCAUAUAUAUCGUGUGCUCCUUUUACUGAAUGUAACGAGCAGAAGCUCUGCUGCUGUUUGUGAAACAAAUGAAUGAAUGUACUGUUUUUGCAUUA